AUGGACGCCCCCCUGGUCUUUUCCGCUGAGCUAGCCGGGCACACGGCGGACGUGCGCGCGAUUGCGUCGCACCGCACGAACGACGGCACGCUUCUGAUCCUCUCGGGCUCGCGCGACCAGACUGCGCGCCUGUGGGUGCAGGCCGAGGACCGCUCGUUCCGCAGUUACGUCAUCGAUAACGGCAACGGCUUUGUGAACGCAGUGGCGUUCUUUGUGGACGUGGAUGGAAAGCUAUACGCGCUCACCGGCGGUCAGGACGCCCUUGUAAACGCCUACCUCGUCUCGUUCAGCAGCACCGGCGACGUGAAAGUGUCCAGCACGCCCCGCUUCUCGCUCGUGGGCCACGCGGACAAUGUGUGCACGCUCGGUGUGUUCGAGAGCGAGUACAUCGUGAGCGGAUCGUGGGACGCCACCGUGCGCGUGUGGAAAAACUGGGAGUGCGUCGCGACGCUCGUCGGGCCGUCGCUCGCGGUAUGGAGUGUGCUUCCGCUGGAUAGCCAGCACCUCUUGGCCGCGUCCGCAGACAAGAGCGUGUCGCUUUGGUCGCUCGAUGCGCCAAGUGCGCCGGUCGCCUCGUUCACCGGCGCCACACAGGCCGUGCGCGGCCUUGCGCAACUCUCCCCGACGUCGUUUGCGAGCUGCGGCAACGACGGCGCGAUCCGCGUCUACCCCCUCGGCACGGACGCCAAGGCGGUCGCGCCCCAGGCCACGCUCCACGGCCAUGCGAGCUUUGUGUACUCGCUCGCAGCGCUCGGCGAGACGCUCGUGUCCAGCGGCGAGGACCGCACGGUGUGUGUGUGGAAGAAUGGCGCGCUGCAGCAGAUGCUGACGCUACCUGCGAUCUCGGUGUGGUGCGUAUGCGCGCUGCCUGGCGGAGACAUUGCGUGCGGCACGAGCGACGGACAGGUGCGCCUCUUUUCGGCGGCGCGCCCCGCUUCCGACGAGCUUGUCGCUGCGUACGAAGCGACGGUCGCGACGCAGGCGCUUGCUGACGCCGAGGUAGACGCGAGCACGCCGCGUGGCGAGCGCACGCUCCUCGAUGCACCCGGAAGUGCCGAGGGUGCGACGGUCGUCGUGCGCGACGGCAGCGUCGCCGAAGUGCACCGCUGGAGCCAGCACGCCUCCUCCUGGAAAAAGGUCGGUGUGGUCACCGAUGCGGCGGCGAGCCAGCAGAAAAAGAUGCUGGACGGCAAAGCGUACGACUAUGUCUUUGACGUCGACGUUGAAGAUGGCGCGCCGCCGCUCAAGCUCGGCUACAAUGCGAGCGAGAACCCCUACGAUGCGGCGAACCGCUUCCUGGGCAAGUACCAGCUGCCAGCGACCUACCUCGACCAGGUCGUGCAGUUCCUCGAGAAGAAUACACAGGCGGUCGGUCUCUCGGCGCCUACUGCCUCUGAUCCGUACACUGGGUCGUCGAGCUAUACGCCGCAGCCGACGCAGGCGGCGCCUGCGCCGCCGCUGGAUCCCUUUACUGGCGCCGGGGGCAUCACGAGUUCGUCGCGCACGCUGCGUGUGCUGCCCCAAGAGCAGUAUCUCGCGUUUUUGCAGACGAACCUCGACGCGGCCCGCGCCAAGAUCCGCGAGCUGGCCGGCGGCGAUGCGCCGCUCAGCGACGAGGAUGCCGCGCGUCUCGACCGCGUCGUGGAUGCGCUGCGGGCCAAGACGAGUGCGGACGUGAGUGUGCUGAGCGCGCUCCUGUCCCAGUGGCCGCCUGCGAAGCGUUUCCCCUUGCUGGAUCUGCUGCGCAUUGCGGCCGCGCAGCCUAGUACGGCCCCCUUUUCCGCGCUCGCGACCGAGGCGCUGGUCGGCGCCGAGUGGGACGCGCUCGACCACUACCAAGGUGAGCGCAAGCACGCCGAGACGAAUGCGAUGCUUGCGCUGCGCGUCCUUGCGAACGGCUUUGUGGCCCCCGGCGGCCCCCAGGCGCUGAACGACAUGGCGCUCGAGGCGCUCGCAACGCUGCAGCAGCCGCCGUGGGCGAUGCUGAACAAGAAUGCGCGCAUUGCGCUCGCUACGAUUGCGCUCAACUAUUCUGUGCUCGCGGUGCGCUCGUCGUUUGCACACACCGAGCUGCUUCUCUCGUUCAUCACCGAGCUCCUGCGCAACGAAGGCGAGAGCGAGAUGGUCUACCGCGCGCUGGUAGCCCUUGGCAAUGUGCGGCAGCGCCCUCCCCGCUGCGCCUAA